AGGGGGUGGCUAUCAAGAGAGGUCACAUGCAGCAUAGAUUUUAUAGCGUACUCUUUCUUCACACAAGUAAGACAGUCUAGGUGAACUAGCAGCCAUGUCAUCUUUUGCCCCAGCAAGCAAGUCUUCUGAAGCAAGUAGCUUUGCUUAUGAGUCUGGCAAAGAAUUCUUUCCAGGUAUUGGUGAGAUCCAGUACAAGCCGGAUUCUCCCGCCAGUGACGUCCUCUGCUUCAAGUACUACAAUCCCCAGGAGGUGGUCAGAGGUCGGACAAUGGAGGAGUGGCUCCGGUUCUCAGUUUGCUUCUGGCACACCUUCCGAGGAACUGGGGCUGACCCAUUUGGCUACCCCACCCUCUGUCGCCCCUGGGACGAUCAGUCUGAUUCCAUGGAGAAUGCCAAGAGACGACUCAGAGCUGGGUUCGAAUUCUUUAAGAAACUCGGGGUCAAGUAUUGGUGCUUUCACGACAGGGAUAUCGCCCCAAUGGGAGCAGACCUGAAAACGACCAAUCAGAAUCUGGACGAGAUGGUGGACCUUGCCCUCCAGCUUCAGAAGGAGACGGGUGUCAAGUUGCUCUGGGCUACAUGUAACCUGUUUGCCCACCCCGUGUACGCAUGUGGAGCGAGCACCAACCCUGACGCUGCCGUGUUUGCAAUGGCAGCUGCCCAGGUCAAGAAAGGACUGGAGAUUGCCAAGAAACUGGGGGCAGAGGGAUUUGUGUUCUGGGGAGGUCGUGAGGGCUACCAGUCUCUGCUCAACACUGACGUCAAGAGAGAGCUCAACCACAUGGGAGGAUUCUUCAAGAUGGUCGUCCAGUACAAGAAUAAGAUCGGCUUCAAUGGUCAACUGCUCAUUGAACCAAAGCCUAAGGAACCUAUGAAGCACCAGUACGACUACGAUGCUCAGACUGUGAUUGCGUUCUUGAAGACUUACAACUUGGACAAAGACUUCAAGCUGAACAUAGAGCCCAACCACACGAGCCUGGCUGGUCAUGGCUACGAGCACGACAUAGUGGUUGCUUCUGGUUAUGGGAUGCUGGGCUCCAUUGACGCCAACACAGGGUCACCUGACCUCGGCUGGGACACUGACCAGUUUCCUAUGGACGUCAAAAAUUCCACCCUCGUUGUCAAGGUGAUUCUGGAGCAAGGUGGUCUGGCUCCGGGUGGCCUCAACUUUGACUGCAAGGUGAGGAGAGAGUCCACUGCUCUGGAGGACAUGUUCAUCUCACACAUUGGUGCUAUGGACACGUUUGCUCGAGGUCUUCGUGCUGCUGACAAGAUUCUCGAUGAGGGAGUGAUGGCUGAUGCUGUAAAGGAGCGGUACAGCUCUUACGACAGUGGACUCGGGGCUAAGAUUGAGAAGGGGGAGGCCAGUCUCGAGGAAAUGGAGGAGUUCAUUAUGAGCAACGGUUUCCCUCAGCCAGUUUCCGGGCAACAAGAGAAGUACGAGUCGACCCUCAACAGAUACGUCUGACUGUAUAAUAACUAUGUUUGCACACUUUUAUGGUUGUCAUAGGUAAAGUAGUUAGUAAGUUACUAUCGCUGUGAUUGUAAGCAAGUACAUGCAAUCCCUAAUUUUGUCAUGUCACUAGACUAGACACUGGUACAGUACUGGUACUACUUUAUGUUGGUUUUUAAAUUACCAGUAAACCCACA